CAGCAAUAGAGCUCGAUCGGCGAUCUGUAGUAGCAGCACUAGCACUAGCUACGUAGUACAUUGCAUCGUCGUCUCUUUGCUAGUAGUAGCUAUCUCCUGGCCGCCAUGGCGUCUUCCUCGGUCUCAUCCUGCCUGCUGCUUCUCCUGUGCUUGGCGGCGGUGGCGUCCGCGCAGCUCUCGCCGACGUUCUACGACUCGUCGUGCCCCAACGCGCUGUCCACCAUCAAGAGCGCCGUGAACGCCGCCGUGCAGAAGGAGAACCGCAUGGGGGCCUCCUUGCUCAGGCUGCACUUCCAUGACUGCUUUGUCCAGGGGUGCGACGCGUCGGUGCUGCUUGCCGACAACGCCGCCACGGGCUUCACCGGCGAGCAGGGUGCUGCGCCCAACGCCGGGUCGCUGAGGGGCUUCGACGUCAUCGCCAACAUCAAGGCACAGGUGGAGGCAGUCUGCAAGCAGACCGUCUCCUGCGCCGACAUCCUCGCCGUCGCCGCCCGUGAUUCCGUCGUCGCGUUGGGCGGGCCGUCAUGGACGGUUCCUCUGGGGCGGAGGGACUCGACGACGGCGAGCCUGUCCCUGGCGAACAGCGACCUGCCGCCUCCCUUCUUCAACCUCGGCCAGCUCAUAACAGCGUUCGGCAACAAGGGUUUCACCGCGACCGAGAUGGCCACGCUCUCCGGCGCGCACACCAUCGGGCAGGCGCAGUGCAAGAACUUCAGGGACCACAUCUACAACGACACCAACAUCAACCAGGGCUUCGCGAGCUCGCUCAAGGCCAACUGCCCCCGGCCCACCGGCUCCGGCGACGGCAACCUGGCGCCGCUCGACACCACCACGCCGUACAGCUUCGACAACGCCUACUACAGCAACCUGCUGAGCCAGAAGGGGCUCCUGCACUCGGACCAGGAGCUCUUCAACGGCGGCAGCACCGACAACACCGUCAGGAACUUCGCGUCCAACUCGGCCGCCUUCAGCAGCGCCUUCGCCGCGGCCAUGGUGAAGAUGGGCAACCUCAGCCCGCUCACCGGAUCUCAGGGCCAGAUCAGGCUUACCUGCUCCACAGUGAACUAAGAUUAAUAAUAAUCACCAUACGCAAAAAAGAGUGGUAUAUUCACAUGCGAAUAAUAAGGCUAAGCCACCAUGUGACUAGCUAGUGGUAUAUUCAACGAAUCGUUUGAAAGGGACGAGUGCGACUUUAAUUUUAGAUACUAGCUGCAAAAGCGGCAUAUAUGUAUCAGCCCGAUCAAUUGCUCAAAGAAAAGAUGCACGUCAUACAUUUC